AUGCUGUCAGCGAUGGCGAAGGCUGACGGGCUGGAGGAUCCAGUAGAGAGCGCUGGUAGUGCUGCCGCUGCUGCGGCAACCACCGCAACUCCACUGGCACGGGCACGGGCGCCUAUUGUUAACCCCCACACAAACGUUGAAAUUCAGUUUACGCUCCCGACUACACAGGAGCACGUUGACGUAGACGACGGUGAAGCAUUUGACUUCGAGGAUGAGGCAGAUGACUCUGUCAUGGAUAUCCUUUCAAAAAUUGUGAGGUCGAUGAAGGAGACCGACUGCCAUGAUGAUCACGAGGCGUUUCUCGAGCGGCGUGGAAAAGCAUGGUACUCCCUCAUCUUCGACAACGGCGAUGCCCGCCAGGCAGCGACGGCUAUAAAGGCAAAGAUCUCGCAACUGGCGGACGACGAGCUGCGUGUGAUGCUCGACUGCUUGGCCUGUGCGAUUAUCUAUUACAACACCUGGGGUGCUGUCAUGCACUUAGGGUUCCAAGAGACGGCAACGCUGCGCCAUCUGGUCCUGCGCAUUGUUCUAAAGAUGCUCGUUACGCAUCGCUGUGUGCCGUGUGUGGCAGAAAAGUAUGUGGUGGUGCUGCUAAAGAUGCUCAUCGUAGGCUGGGUAAGCAUGAAAGGGAUUCUCGACACCGUAGAACUGUGCCUGCAGCAUGAUGAACUCAUUCAUAUCGGGCUGCGCAUAAUUGAGCACUGCUUCCAUAAGUCGCGAAGGGUCUUUGAGCUUCGCACCGCCUUAGCGGCGCGGCCGCGUUUCGCGCGGCGCCUCGCGGAGUUGUAUGCUACGGAGCCACGUUUUGAAUUGGAUGUAACGCUUGCCACUCGCUGGUGGCGUGGGAUGCCGCCAACAAUCUACUGCUCAGUGCCGAUGGAGAACUCCCAAGGGGAUUCCUUGUCGAGCCCCGUCACGUGCAUGGCGUACUUCGGCGUCCGCGAUGAGAUCGUGACGGGCGACAUGAGCGGCGCCGUCACUCUUUGGGGUCCGCCGGGGUCAUCCCGUCACACGUCGCCCAAGAAUCCGUUAGGCCUCACGCGCGUGAGCGUUCGCCCUCGCGGUGUCGUGCCGCUGCCGAUGAACUGCGUCCCCGUCGCCAUGGCUGGCCAGCGCUUGGAUGGGCAGUACCUUGCCAUCGCUGGCAUGCCGCUCAAGUCACAGAGGCCAUACUCAAAGUACUGUGUGCGGCCGGCCGCUGGGCCGUCCUCUACACCUAUUUCUGCCACGACUGCUAUGGCGACUACCGAUAGCGCAGUGGACACAGUAGGCGGGGCAGGGGAUGCGGCGGCCGGCGCGAGCAAUGCCGGCGCCAUCAUCGUCAUCACGUGUAACGAGAACUCCAUUCGCUGGAACAAGGGUGAGAUCGUAAUGCGUCCGCCAGGGAUUUCCCUGACCGCAAUCACGGCGUUCCGCAACUCCAUCGUUGCCGUUGGCGAGAGCGCUGUCAGCGCUGGUGGGCCUGGGGCGUCUAUCUUGAGCAGCAACGCGAGCGCCCCUCACCGACUCAGCUUCGUCGAUGUGAUGAACGGCAGCGUCAUGCGCCAGAUCCCAAAGGCGCACGACGACUACAUAACCGCCCUGACGGUGCUCGAGGAUAGCAGCUACGUUCUUCUCUCCGGCGGCCGCGAUGCCGCAAUGAAGAUGUGGGACCCGCGCUCGCGUGAGGACACCCCUGUCGUGAACACAGCGCUCUGUACCGACGCGCUCCAUCACGAGACCACCAUCUCUUCGAUCCACACGGUCGGCUACAACAUCAUCACGGCCGACGUCUAUGGUGCCAUGGUCGUGUGGGACCUCCGCAACAUGGCGGCGCCCCGCAAGCGUCAUCACUUCCUGUACCCCAUCGCGGAUGUCACACUCAUUCGAAAGAAUCGUGCCGUGGUUGCCACGACGCGCGGCGUCGUGACGGUCGCGCUUGACACGCUCGAGCCACAAGACUUGUACUAUGAAAAGCCCCUUUGCACGCGCCUGCUUGCGAAUGACGUCGGCAACCUCCUCUUCAUGGCACGGGAGAGCGAGCUCGAUGUGUUUGCAGUGUCGGACCUCUGA